GCUUUGAAUUCACAAACAUGGAAUGAUAAAAUUAUUUGAAAAGUGAAGAUUGAAGUCAUCUCUUUCUGUAAGACUGACUUGACUGUAAGUCUGUAACCCUUUUUUCCUGUAAAAAUGGAAAUCACGAGAGGAAUAUUCUUAUUAUAGCUUUCUUUCUUUCACUCUCUCACUUGCUGCUCCAUUCUUUUCUUCUUCUUCAUCUGGGCUAAGCGAGCUAAACAUGGGCGGCACCUCUCGUGAUGCCCAUUUAGCCCCAUUCAUAAUUCUAUUCCUUUUCUCGACCAAUUCAAUCUCCAUUCUCACCACCACCGCCGCCAUAAACAUCACAGAUUUGCUAUCUCCUUUCCCCCAUCUCUCCGAAUUCAACAAUCUACUAUCUUCAACCUCCGUCGCCGCAGAUCUCGCUUCUCGAUCCUCCAUAACUAUCCUCGCCGUCCCUAACGCCUACCUACGCUCUCCUAAUUUCACUCGCCUCACUUCUUCCUCCGCUACUAACCUCGCCGAUGUCGUCCGUUACCACGUCCUUCUCCAAUACCUUUCCUGGCCCGAUCUCAACCGCAUUCCUCCCUCCGGUAAAUUAGUCACCACACUCUACCAAACCACCGGCCGCGCCACCAAUAACUUCGGCUCUGUUAACAUCACUCAUGACGAUUCCGCCGUCGGCUUCUCUGUCAGAUCCCCUGCGCUAUCUCCCUCCAAUGCCUCCAUUCUUUCGCUCGUUGUAUCCCAACCCUACAAUUUCAGUAUCUUCACCAUCAAUUCGGUUCUCGUUCCUUCCGGAUUCGAUCUAAUGGAGACGGAAUUGCGGCCCUUGGGUAUCAACAUCACAGACGAAUUAAUCGAAGCGCAUGAUUUCAAUGUAGCCGCUUCCUUGCUAGCCGCGUCCGGCCUCGAGCUGGAGCUCGAGAGGAACGAGGGCGGCGCCGGAAUCACAAUGUUUAUUCCCACCGACGAGGCUUUUUCGGAUCUUCCCGUUUCAGCAAAUUUCCAGUCCCUUGCGGCAGACAAGAAGGAGGUCGUGCUCAAAUUCCACGUCCUUCAUUCCUACUACACCCUCGGCUCGCUUCAGUCGAUAGUGAACCCGGUUCAACCCACACUAGCCACAGAGUUCAUGGGGGCUGGCACCUUUACACUCAAUAUUUCUCGGAUUAACGGUUCGGUCGCCAUUAAUUCAGGACUUAUUCAGGCGACAGUGACACGAACGGUGUUCGAUCAGAACCCUUUGGCUAUUUUUGGAGUGUCAAAUGUACUAUUGCCAAGAGAGAUCUUUGGAAAAAAUCCUGUGGAUACCAAGCCUGUCGGUGAUGGUUCAUGGGAUGCUGUGUCACCUGAAUCUAAUUGGUCACCGCGGGAGGAUUCGCCUGCAGGUCUGUUGUCUCCGCCAGGAACCAACCAAGAUAUCCUCCAAUCAGAAGCUGUUAGAAUUUCCCCUAUCCUUAUUGCUGCUCUAUGGAGGGAAGGUUGUGUUGCCAAUUUUAUCCAGCUCCCAGGUUUAAUUUUGCCAAUUGUAAUUUUUAUGGCAUUAUGCAAUUAUCAACAUAGAGGGUAAAUAGUAAUCAAUUGAAAUGAUGAUGUGGACUGGCUGGAAGAAGAAAGAAAGAAAGAAAGAGCAGCCAUUUUAAUUUUGAUAUUGAUUUAAUCUUAUCAUAAGGAAAUUAUGUGUAGCUUGAUUAAAUCCAGAGUGUGUUAUCUCUUGAC